UGCACCCUCAGGAAGUCUGUGCGCUCAAGGAGGCCACCCCCGCCGGCUGCUGCUCACAUGGUUUCUGGGCCCCUGGCACUCCGGUGGUGCCCGUGGGCGGGGCACAGGGACAUGGGGCCAGACAUGGAGCUUCCCAGCCAUUCCAAACAGCUCCUGCUCCAGCUGAACCAGCAGAGGGCCAAGGGCUUCCUGUGUGACGUCAUCAUCAUGGUGGAGAACUCUAUCUUCCGGGCCCACAAGAACGUCCUGGCCGCCAGCAGCAUCUACUUCAAGUCCCUGGUCCUGCACGACAACCUCAUCAGCUUAGACACAGACAUGGUCAGCUCCACUGUGUUCCAGCAGAUCCUGGACUUCAUCUACACGGGCAAGCUGCUGCCCACUGACCAGCCGUCUGAGUCAAACUUCAGCACUCUCCUCACUGCUGCCAGCUACCUCCAGCUGCCUGAGUUGGCAGCCCUCUGUCGCCGCAAACUGAAGCGAGCUGGCAAGCCCUUUGGCCCUGGACGAGUGGGCACUGCUGGCAUAGGGCGACCAACCCGCAGUCAGCGGCUUUCCACAGCCACUGCCAUCCAGGCGCGGUAUCCAGGGCUUGCAGAUGUGCAUAAAGGACACCCUGCUCCCCAGGAGCUCCCCCAGGCCAAAGGCUCGGAUGAUGAGCUUUUUCUGGGCAGCUCCACCCAGGAGAGCACACAGAGCCUGGGCUUGGGGGGCCCAGCUGGUGGGGAGGUGGGCUGCAGCACCAGUACCAAUGGGAGCAGCGGGGGCUGUGAGCAGGAGCUGGGCUUGGACCUGUCCAAGAAGAGCCCACCCUUACCUCCCACAACCCCUGUCCCCCACCUCACUCCUGAGGACCCAGCUCAGCUGAAUGACAGCCAGCGAGAGUCACCUGCACCCACUUCGACCUCCGCCCUGCCUGUCAGCAACAGUGCCUCUUUUGUUGAGCUGGGGGCCACUCCUGAUGAGUCCAUGGAUGUGGAAGGAGCUGAGGAAAACCACCUGAGUCUGCUAGAAGGACAGGGAGGGCAGCCUCGCAAGAGCCUCCGGCAUUCAGCCCGCAAAAAAGAAUGGAACAAGAAGGAGCUUGUGGCUGGGUCCCCCUUUGAUCAGAGAGAAACGGGGUCUAAGGGUUCCUGCCCAGGGGAAGAAGGUGAGGGGCCUGGGGACAGGGUUCCCAAUGGCGUUCUGGCUAGCAGUGUUGGAAGCGGCCCCAGUGCAUCGUACGGGGAGCCAUCAUUCCCCUGCAAGGAGGAGGAGGAGAAUGGCAAAGAUGGGAGUGAGGACAGUGGGCAGAGUGGGAGCGAGGGGGGCAGUGGCCACACUGGUGCCCGCUAUGUAUACCGGCAGGAAGGCUAUGACGAGACAGUGUCAUAUGGGGACAACCUUUAUGUGUGUAUCCCCUGUGCCAAGGGCUUCCCCAGCUCUGAGCAACUCAACGCUCACGUGGAGACACACACAGAGGAGGAGUUAUUCAUCAAGGAAGAAGCGGGGUAUGAGGCCGGCAGUGGGGGUGCAGAGGAGGAGGCUGAGGACCUGUCGACACCCAGUGCAGCCUAUGCAGCUGAGCCUCGGCCUUUCAAGUGCUCAGUUUGUGAGAAGACCUACAAGGACCCGGCCACGCUGCGGCAACACGAGAAGACACACUGGCUGACCCGUCCGUUCCCCUGCAACAUUUGUGGAAAGAUGUUCACACAACGAGGCACUAUGACACGCCAUAUGCGGAGCCAUCUGGGUCUGAAGCCCUUUGCCUGUGAUGAGUGUGGCAUGCGGUUCACUCGCCAGUACCGCCUCACAGAGCACAUGCGUGUGCACUCAGGUGAGAAGCCCUAUGAGUGCCAGCUCUGUGGGGGCAAAUUCACUCAACAGCGCAACCUCAUCAGCCACCUACGCAUGCACACUUCCCCUUCCUAGAAGCCAAAGACCCGCGGGAGCCUCUACAGACUUGCCACUUGGGAACCCACGGGAGCGUGGUGGGAGGGUUGAGCCCCAAAGUCUGACGGGAGGCUCCUGGCAGCCCCUCUGGCCCAGCCUCCCCAUGCCCAGAGCUUUAAUCAACAGUAUACCAAGGGAAGCCAAGAGGCGAGAAGCUGACCAGUCUUGCCCUAUGCGUGUGGUGCUGGUGACUAUUCUACCUCCACGGUCCCGCUCGGCUUUGCCGCUCCCCGAGGAGCUGCUGGAGAGCUGGUGGGAGUCCAUCAUGUGGGUGCCAGUGGACCUGCAGGUUGGGCUGGGCCACAGGGCUUCCCGUGGCCAAAAGUGGUGCCUGGAGCAGGCCUAGCUGGCAGGGACCUCAACUGUGUGUGCAUGUGUGUUGUGUCUUUGCAGUGUGACUCUGGUGUUGGGAUGUUGGUGCUGGGUGGCAGUUCCUUUCUCUCUGAGCUGGGGUGACAACUGCUAGCCGGCACUGGAACAGUCAGGGUGACCACUGCCUACCUCUCUGCAACUAAAGAACCCUCAGCCUGCACUGCAGUUAUUCCUACUGAGCUGUUCCUAUUUCUGUUUUUACAGUUUUUAAAAAUUCUUUUUUAAAACCAAAAUGAACAAUAUUUUCCUCCUGCCUCUUUGGGGAUGAGCCUGGGUCUGCAGACUGAAUGUAACUGGGGCAGCUGCCCCUCCCUGUCAUUUUCCUAGUCCAGGUGCUGGGGCAUGGUUGAACCUGCCUCUUCAAGGUCCCUGCCCCUUCUUGCCCAAAGGCUUUCCUGAUCCUGAGCCCUGCCUUCCUGGGCUUUCUCAGGAGAAAAUGCUUUUCCAUAAUUUCCAAGGAAUGUCCCUUGUUAGAGGUACUUAUUUUUAUUGAGAACCAUACCCUCCCCCAUAAACCUUUUUGAGGUGUUAGAACUGGAAGGUCUGAAGUUUCAGAGGGUAGAGGGGAGGCUAGAUUCAGUGCCACGGCCAUCGGUACUCUCGCUCGUGCGUGUGUGUGUGUGUGUGUGUGUGUGUGUGUGUGUGUGUGUGUGUUGCUUAUGCACAGAUGCUUCACUUCCUUGCCCACUGAACAUGGUGGGGAGCCUUCUGACCUUUGCUACCUCUUGAAUUCAAUACCCAGGACAGUUGAGGCUGAGCCACUUGCUUUUGUUUUUCUGUAGUGGAGGAACCUGGGCUUGGCUGGCCUGAGCCCCUUGUGCGAUCAGUGUUCUCUGAAAGGCUGCUGCUCAGGGGAUGCUGUGUGUGGGUAGGUUAGGUGCUGGGCAUCUGAGUAAGAAGCCAUGAGGAGGGAGCAGCUCCUUUUUAUGAGCCAGGGUCUGGUGGAAGUGAGCCCACUCCAUCCUGUCCUGACCCCUCCUUAGCUCAGGUAUGUCUGGUAACCUACUCCUGCAGAGCCAGAGGUACUGGUCGACCCCUCCCUAUGCUGACUUAGAACAGGGUCAAGCUAGCUCUUGCAUGGAUGUAUCAGCAAGCCUCAGGUAUUUGCUUGGGCUCCUGCAAGGGGCAAGGCAAGACUGAGGUUGUCUGUGCUCUGUCUAGGGGAGCCACGGAGCUGGGCCCGUAGGCCUGCCGUAUCAUCACGUUGCUUCAUGGCUUUUCAGUUUCCUUUGGAUUUUUACUUCAGACCAAAAACUUACAGAGUCGUCCCCUGUUUGCCUCCACCCCUCAGAGACCCUGGAGCCUGAGUUCAGUACCCAGAGAGUGUUGGGUGUGGGGGUGAGGGCACCUGGCCAGGCCUCCACAUGGUGCCCUUGUACUGAGCCAGCUCUCCACCAGCCCUCACCUGGAAUCUUGGUUCUCUGACUGAGCACCUGAGUGCAGAGCAGGGCACCAUUCUACCCAGGGGGUGGCAGGGCUUGCUCGCCCUUCCCACCCAGCCUCAGCACUGAAGUCCUAGGACACAAGGUCUCCCAGGCUGUGGGCACCCUCAUCUGUAGAAAUUCAGGGACUGGGAGCAGAGCCCCUCACUCAGCAUGUCUGCAACAGAGUAGCAUGCCCACCUUAGUGUUGUACCAAACCUUUUCUGUAUUUUAAUAAGAAAGCAAAACACUAGUUUCCUAUAUCAGAUUUAAGGGUUGUUGGGAUGGGUGGGGUCCACACUUGGAUUCUCUUUCCUUUGUUUCCACUGGUGCAUGCUUGUGAGUGUGUGUCUGUGUGUGUCUGUGUGUGGAAAUUUAAGAGCCUCAUGGAAAUCAGGCCAUAGGAGGCUAAGGCAGCGUACAGUUCUCUGUUUUAGUCAUUUAAUUCCUGAAUGUUUUGGAGAAACAGAAAAUAGCAGAUGUCAUGUAGAAAAAAAAAAGUUUUAAAAAAAUCAAAAGAAAAAAAAAGCUCAUAUCCAAAUUCACAAACCUAUUUUUUAAACCAAAGCACAUUUUGAAUGAGUGUGGAACCUCAGUGGGCUCAGAAAAAAAAAUACUAAUAUAUUUAUCUCAUUGUUUACAUAAACUUAUACAGUUUCAGACCUCAGCAGCUAUAACACCAGUCCUAGGGAAACUCCCUUCCCACCUGGGUCCUUCUGAGUCGACCCUUGAGCUCAGGGGCAGAGGCAGCCCUGGGUGCUGGGUAAGGACUCCAAGUCCCCCUAGCUUCACCUGAGCCCUCAUCCCCAUUUUUGGGGGGCCUUUUCAAGCUCAGCUGCCACCAAAGAGCAUGCACCAAGCUGACCAGCCCCAGGCUUCCUAGCUGAACCCAGGGCUGGAUGCUGGCCCUGCCUGUGAGCCUUGUGUCGUUGCGAGUCACUCAAGCCAAAAAAGCAGGGAGCUUUAUGAUGCUCGGUGGACUUGUGCACGCACUGCCCCGGGCAGCAAAAGGGUCUGACGAGUCUGGUUCUUAUUAACAGAUGGUGCGAACACUCAACAGUGUUGUUUUUGUAUCAAUGUUUGUGCAGUGAUGAAUGUAUUUAUUUCUCAGACUUAGGGCAAGCUGGUGGGGGCAGGCCCGGCUCUGCCAGUGCCCGUUCCCACCGGACCGAGCUGCUGCAAGGGCUCUCCCAAGGUUGCAAAAGGCAAAGAUGAACUUAUGGACAUGUAAGAAUCUCAGACUUGCAGCAUAGCCAUACACCUCAGCUGUGACUCCUGACCUCAUGUGGCCCAGGAAGUGUGUUUUCCGUCCAUCAACACAGGGGAGCCAGGUCCCCACCUGCUGCCCACACUAUCAGUAUUCACUGGACCUCAGGUCCUUGUGCAGGAGUGCGAUCUGCUGGGCUGUCUGUCAGCAGGCAGACUACUGCCUUCCUGAGGAGGGGAGACCCUGGGCAGCCGGAAGGGCGGGGCUCAGGGAGCAAGUCUGUGAAGGAAGGCAGAAGCUAAGGGUGAGGCCUGUAGUCAAUGGACAGGCCUCAAAGCCCUGCUGUGCUCUAACUAAAGGGACCAAGGUCUUCCUUUCCCCAGCCACGAUGGGGCCAAUGUUCCUGAACCUAUGAAAUGGAUGCCAGGACUGAGGGAGAGAGAGGAGCCCGACCUCAGUCUGACAUUCCAACCCAGGAAGGGUGGGAGCUGUGGAGCCGCGCUGCCCGGGACCCCUCCCCAGGACGCCUGCAGCUUCAGUCACCUCACUUUAACUUUCUACCAGGGACCCCUCCCCCUACCUCACCUUGCUAUUUAUUGCUGUAAUUUAUUGACCUCAAAAAUGCUGCAUUACAGACCUCACUUGGGUCAGGGAGAGUUCCCAGGGUCCUCCCCUCCACUUGGUGGGGCCCCAUGGGGCCAGGUGCUGAGAGGAACCCCCUGUACCCACCCAUCACUCAUUUCCUCCAGGAGCCCCAGGUCGGGCUCUAUCCAUCCCAUUUGCAAAUACCUCAGGAGGGAUGGGGUUUAUCUGUUUCAUUUAAUUGGAACUGGAAGAGGGAUCACGAUGUCCUGUAUGCCCUUCCCCGAGCAGGGGAGGGUGCUGGGAUCGCACUCCUGUACUGGUCACCCUAUUGCCACUCAUCACAUUGAUUUGAGUUUACUUCCCUAAAGAGUUUGGAUGGAUGCAUUCAGGUCAGAGCUGCAGCUCUGCAGCCCUCCGAUGUUAGAGUGAUUUAUCCACGACUAAUUUCUCCAUUCAAAAGCGUGCAGUCUUAAUGUACAGUGAUGAGAAACUGUUAUUUUAUGAUCUUUUCAUUAAAAGCUUGAUUGAAAA